AUGGGAGGGGCGGGCGUGCUUCUACUGCUGCUGGCUGGAGCCGGCGUGGGGGUGGCCUGGAGACCACCAAAGGGAAAGUGUCCUCUCAGCUGCUCCUGCUCCAAGGAUAGUGCCCUGUGUGAGGGCUCUCCGGACCUGCCCGAGAGCUUCUCCCCGACCCUGCUGUCACUCUCACUCGUUAGGACUGGAGUCACCCAGCUGAAGGCCGGCAGCUUCCUGAGGGUGCCCACACUGCACCUGCUCCUCUUCACAUCCAACUCCUUCUCUGUGAUUGAGGACGAUGCCUUUGCGGGCCUGUCCCACCUGCAGUACCUCUUCAUUGAGGACAAUGAGAUUGGCUCCAUCUCUAAGAACGCUCUCAGAGGACUCCGCUCCCUCACACAUCUGAGCCUGGCCAAUAAUAAUCUCGAGACCCUCCCCAGAUUCCUGUUCCGAGGCCUGGAGACCCUAACUCACGUGGACCUCCGCGGGAACCCGUUCCAGUGUGACUGCCGCGUCCUCUGGCUCCUGCAGUGGAUGCCCGCCGUGAAUGCCAGCGUGGGGACUGGGGCCUGCGCCGGCCCCACUGCUCUGGCCCACAGGCAGCUCCGCCACCUCGACCCCAAGACGUUCAAGUGCAGAGCCAUAGAGCUGUCCUGGUUCCAGACGGUUGGGGAGUCGGCGCUGGGCGUGGAGUCUUUCUCCUACCAGGGGGAGCCCCAUGUCGUCCUGGCGCAGCCUUUUGCGGGCCGCUGCCUGAUCCUCACCUGGGACUACAGCCUGCAGCGCUUCCGGCCUGAGGAAGAGCUGUCCGCGCCCUCGGUGGUGUCCUGCAAGCCGCUGGUGCUGGGCCCGCGCCUCUUCAUGCUGGCCGCCCGCCUGUGGGGGGGCUCGCAGCUGUGGGCCCGGCCCAGCCCCGGCCUGCGCCUGGCCCCCACGCAGGCCCUGGCCCCACGGCGGCUGCUGCGGCCCAACGACGCCGAGCUCCUGUGGCUGGACGGGCGGCCCUGCUUCGUGGUGGCCGACGCCUCCAAGGCAGGCAGCACCACGCUGCUGUGCCAGGACGGGCCUGGCUUCUACCCCCGCCAGAGCCUGCACGCCUGGCACCGGGACACGGAUGCCGAGGCCCUGGAGCUGGACGGCCGGCCCCAUCUGCUGCUGGCCUCCGCCUCCCAGCGGCCCGUGCUCUUCCACUGGCUCGGGGGCCGCUUCGAGAGGCGCACGGACAUCCCCGAGGCCGAGGACGUCUACGCCACACGCCAUUUCCAGGCUGGUGGGGAUGUGUUCCUGUGCCUGACGCGUUACAUCGGGGACUCCAUGGUCAUGCGCUGGGAUGGCUCCAUGUUCCGCCUGCUGCAGCAGCUUCCCUCACGUGGUGCCCACGUCUUUCAGCCACUGCUCAUCGCCAGGGACCAGCUGGCCAUCCUGGGCAGUGACUUCGCCUUCAGCCAGGUCUUCCGCCUUGAGCCUGACAAGGGGCUCCUGGAGCCUCUGCAGGAGCUGGGACCCCCAGCCCUGGUGGCCCCUCGUGCCUUUGCCCCCAUCACCUUGGCCGGCAGACGCUUCCUCUUCGCUGCUUGCUUCAAGGGCCCCACACAGAUCUACCAGCAUCACGAGUUAGACCUCAGUGCCUGA